UCACGGCUGAAGUGGCCGAUUUUUAGGGCUAACCUAGCUAAGAGCGGCAGUUGUAGAAGAAGGACCAAAGAGAGAAUUUGGAAAAGACUCGAGAAUUCAGAGCGUCAAGCCAGGAAUCAUGGCUGUUAAGGAGCAUCUUCAAAAAGUUCUAGUGCGAGAACCGUUCAUAAUUUAUGAAUGAUUUUUUCACUCAUUAACAGCUGAGACACUGUUCAAUCGGAGAAUAUUAUUAUAAUGCUUUGACUUUUCACGUGAACCCAGAUCUGAUCGUUACAAAGAGACACCUUCCAAGUGGAGAGUUUAGAAGUGUUUUGUUAAGUUCCAAUAUUUUUGCCAAUGUGAUAGAUUGGUGUUUGAUUGUAUUUUUCCUGCAUGCGGGUGUACCAAAGCUGCCUUUUGGUACAUAAUUCAUGAUUGAAUGUGACACACAGACAGUUUAAAUACUUCUGGAACUUCAGUGAAGUGAUUGCUUAAUCUCAAGAUAAAAACAUAUGAAUAUGGAUAACGUAUAUUUGGCGGGCCUGAUGGACCCUCGAUUGCAUCGGUCUGCCACCCCGGCCAUUUCAUCCGCUCAGCCACUCCCGCCCACCCCGGGAGGUGGGCUUCACGGGAUGCCUGCUCAUCCGCAUCUUGGUCAUCAUCAUUGGCCCCCAGUAUCAACAGGUUUGUCACCUUCACUCAAUCCUCCACCACCUUCUCCGGUUGGAUAUCCCCACUUGAGCCCGGGAAUGGGGGAUCCCAGAUCAGUCAUAGGGCCAGGAUCACAUGGUCCCGGAGGAAACCCCUUUUACCAUCCGCAAUUUUCUCUUUUGGAUGCUCACCAUCACCACCAAAGAAUGGCAGCCGAAUCCCAUCGAAUCAACAUGGCCCACGCUGAGGUCGCUCGAAUGGCUGAAGUCCAACGAGUCCUCGAAGAUUCCAGGAAGAAAGAAGCAGCCGCUAGAGCCGCAGCUGCGGCCGCCAACGUGACGACCUCGUCAUUUCAAUUCACUGGAUCUAGUCUGUCCUCAUUAGUGGCGUCUUCCUCGGCGACACGUGAGCCCCUCUUUUCUCAUGGACUGUCUCCGUUGGAUCGAGGUGGAUUGUACCCUUCUCACGGAGGCAUCUUGGACCCCUUGUCCACUUCGAUUCCUCAUCCCUCUCCUAGAGGUGGAAUGUCGCUGACUUCGCCUUCAUCCAGUAUGCCCAAGCCAAAGAUGUUUUCACCUUAUGAGUCUAGCCCUACCACAAGCAGUGGUCCGAGUGGUCCCCUUUUAAAACCCACCCCAUCCGUCCCAUUCCGGCCUUUUGGCCCUCCAUCUCAUUCCGAACCAUCCCAUUGUCCUUUAUCGGCCAGUUUCAUGGGCACUAACACCAGCGUGGUAUCCACCACGGGAACAAUGAGCUCAGUCCUUAGUUCAGACGCAACGCCGAGACCAUUAUCGUCAUUGAGAGAAAACGACCACAAAAUCAUUAAGCUGGACAAACCUGAAGAGCCCGAAGAGGUGCUAGUGGAUGAUUUUGAUGGUCAGUGUUGUCGUACCUAUCCUUACAAUCAUAGCCGCAUCCAAAGAUGGCAACGGGAACAUGCUGAAAAACGCCGUCAUCGGAAAGACGUUUCCGCACCGCCGUCAGUUGACCGAUCCAGCGCAAGAGAACAGAAGGGUGCUGAGAAUUCGGCGGCAACUAGCGGCACGGAGAGGAGUCAGAGCGGAUCCAGACGAAGCGAACAUUUGUCUGGGGCUGUUGGUUCAAAUUCGGCAUCGUUAAGAAGUGCAAGUGCUGAUGGAAGACGAGACACCUCAUUGGGAUCAAAUCUUCAGCAUCAGAAAAGUGUGUCAGAGGCCAAUCUUCCCGCUACGACAGGAUCCAUUCCUGUGGGCAUUGCCAUUGGAAGGCAAAGACAGCAGGAGUCGCUGGAUUUCAAAAGAGCGGAGGAUUUGAGUCGUGCAGCAGCUGCGGCCUCAAAUAGUGGAACGAGUUCGCAAUGUGGACCCCAUGGAGAAAAGUAUGGGACCAUGAUGAACCCCCAGGGAGUGUCACCCUUGGGGGCUCAUGGACCUAUGAGAUGGCCACACCCGCCAAGCGGGUCUCCAAUGUGGCCGCCGUCCCAUGUCCCUCCAGGGACACCGUCUCCAGGAGGGUAUCCCUCAAUCCCACCUUGGAUGCCCCCCGGGUUGGUUGGGGCUCCUCCUCAGAUGGGUCCCAUACCCAUGGGCUAUCAAUUAGCCAAGGACCCUUUAACUGGUCAAAUCCUGCUCAUUCCUACUGAUGUCGCCAAUAACCCUCCUCAGCAUGGCGCAUGGCCAACACCCCCAUCUCCAUAUGAACAACAGCCGUCAGGCAUGUCUCAUUUCACUUCCCUUGGACCACCCCCAGCCACUCCUCCUGUUUCAUCUUCGGCUGCUGUAGCCCACUUUCACCAGAUGUACAUGCACCAACAGAUGUACAUGCAACAAGCCGCUGCGGCUGCGCAUCACCAUGCCGCAAGUGCGUCCAAAGGAAUGUAUCGGCCUCCAUUGCCAUCCGUAAGGAGGCUUGAACCUGAAACCAUAACUGUGAGCGACGAUGACGAUGAACCUCAUCAGAAAAGAACCACCACAAGUUCUAGUGCUGAUGGGAUGCGUCAUACGAGAGAAAUUGAAGAUCCCAAUGCUGCGUUUGACCGGCUUUUCGACUCAGUCAGACCGCGUGAUCCUGAAAAGGAAUCAACCAAACCCCCCAAAGAAGAAGUUCAUGUUAGUGAUAAUAUUGCAACAUCGACCAAUGCUCUCACGAGUCUAAAUGCAACCAAAGCAUCAUCAUUAUCAUCAUUAACAACGUUAACAACAGCAUCAAUAAAAACAGCACCACCACCACCACAUGCACUACCACCACCAACACCGCCAACAACAACAACAACACUACCACUACCAACAACAUCAAAAUCAACAACAGUUAAUGAAGCAGCACCAACAACAGAUGCAGCAGCGAUAAUGUCACCGCCAAUUGCAACAACUUUGUUCAAAUCUGAGGUCAAUCCAGCAACUUCUGUUGCAUCAUUGGAUAGAGAAAAGCCAUCUAAAUCAACUACAAAGUUCGACGUAAUCUCUCUUACUACUAAGCAAUCUUCAAUCUCAAAAAACUUGCUUAAUGAGAGCACUAAAUCUGAUGUUUCCUCUCGUGUUCCAAGUCCUCUUUUGACGAAAAUCAAGACUGAGCCUCGGCUUAGUACGGACUCUAAACUUGAGGAGGAAUCAAGUGAGACCAUUUGCAGUAAAAAUGUUGAUAUCUCAUCUGAGCUGCCUCCGAAAAGUCCUCCUAGCCAAGAAGAUCUCAUCGUUAAAGACGAUGUGGUGCCCAAGAGUGAAGAAGAGGAAACUGUCAUAAAAACCGAACCCAUUGAGGCCAAUGUAACGAAAUGUCCUUCGCCUCCCUUAAGCCCCACUUUGAAUCCAUCUACCCAGGAGGAUGUUGAAGAGGAACCACCCUUGAAUCAAAUGGUGCCGCAAGAACCAAUGCCAGAGAAAUCCUCGCUACAAGAAGAUUGUGAGGAAAUUGCCAGAGAAUUGCUGUUCUUCUCCGAAAAUGAACGAUUUCAUGGUGAAGAUUUACGAGCCACACGAGAUGAUCCUGCAGAUCUUAGUCCGCUGAAAAUCCUGCUGGAGGCCAUUGACAUUUCUGAGAAGAAUAAACACUUUGAAGCCCAACCGCAGUGUAUAGGCUUCUCGGAGGGUAUCACUGCAUUGUGUCAGAUUACCCAGACGGAUCUCUUACCCCUGGGGCUUCAAAGUAAGUUCCUUGACCUCAACCACAUCAAUAUAAAGCUCUUGUGCACUGUUACCGCUACUGAUCUCGACGAACUGAGGUCAAGAGUGGACCCACUACAAACGUGGAAUGAAAUCUACAACCUCCACCAAUACAGCUGUGAUGAAGCCGAAGUGUCUGUGAAAGAUUUCAUUGCCAAUAAGAUCAAGCAAUAUCCCCCACCCAAUCCAGUGACUCUGAAUUUGGCUAUCGAUGGCGUGUCCACGGAUAUUGCUUUGGGCGUGGGCCUCGAGCUGACCACUCCCAAAGAGGAUAACUAUAUGGGAAUCAAGAGUUUGGCCAAGAUUGUGAAGCAAAUUAAGAAUACAGACAUCAUGAGUCAAUUGGAGGUUGAGCUAAGGGGGCAGUUGGCCGAAAUACAAACCCUUUAUCGCGAAAAGCAUCGGGAGAUGACAAGGCUCAAGCUCAACACCCCCAAAAAGGGAAGUGCCAAGGGUGGUGGGAGGUCCAAACGGGGCCCAGGUAGACCCAAGAAGAGGAAAUUAACCAGCAAAGGCAAGACCAAGAUGGGUCGUCCACGGAAGACAAAGCUCCCCUCCACUGACAGUCGCCCAGGAGGAGAAUUUGAGGAUCUCUCGCCGCCCAUUUUGGAGCCAUGUGCCACUCCGCCAACUUUAGAGUCUCAAAUCAAAGUCGAGCCAAUGCCGAGGAGCAGGUCCGAUUCUCCCAAUAAUAAAAAUGAGGGAGGGGACCAGCUUCUGAAGCCCCCCAAAUUGACCGCCAGUUUGAUUCCAUCUAGAGCCAAUUCCAACUCAGUGACCAAUCUGUCGACCAUUAAUGCAAAAUUCAUGAAAGGCAAAGCCAACCCUUUCGCCAACUUGCUUAGCAAAUUGGCUACGGGCAGUACCUGCGGUGGGAGUGCUUCGAGUCAGCAUUCAAAGCAGAAUUCAGAGGACGAAGACGAGAACGAAGAAGUGCAAACCCAAGAAGAACCGCCUCAUCCAACCUCGGAUGACGAAGGCCGAAGUGAGGAGAGUCACCAUGAGAGGGACAGCGACAGUCGUGAGGAUGAAAAUGACGACGACGACGUUGACGACGACAAAGAUAACGAUGAUGAAGACAACGAGGAUGAUGAAGAAGAAGUGGAAGAAAGGCACGAUAACGAACAGGAAUACCCAUCCCUGCCAACCACUCCGUUAUCCUUUUCUAAAAAGAGUGGUUCCCGCAGGAAUUCCACCUCUUCUAGCCAUUCCUUAUCCCACAAGUCCAAUUAUUCAUCUCACUCCACCCGGAAAGACUCUGACGAGGAGGCCAACUCCUCUUCCAAGAAGCGAAAAGCUGACAAGCCUCGAAAGCACACAGGCAGUACAGAAACCAUCGUGCCCAAGAAGCCGCGGAACUUGUUCAUGAUGAAUUGCCUCAAUCUGCAGAGGGAAUUCAAAUCGACCAGUGCUGCUGCAGCCCAUUCAUCGUCUAUGCGUGAUGAAUACGACUUCACUGAUGAUGAGGAAGAGCGGGGCGGCGGAGACCAUCCCACGCACAUCUUGGGCUCUCUGGUGGCGAGUAAGGGUGAGGGGCCCUCAGCGGCCUCGGGGAGUAAGCCAACCCAAAUGUGCGGGGGAAGUCUCUUGUUCACCGAGUACAGAAGUCCCCCACAUGGCACAUCCUCUCCUCCGCCCACAACGUCCUCGGCCUCCACCUCUUCCACCUUAUUUUCAAAAGGGAACAAACCUUGGAAGGAUCAGAAGAAGUCCAAGUCACCUAAAAAUGUCGGCAGUUUCAACAACUCUAAUCUCAAUUCGCCCAGUCACAAAGGAAUCUCUUCGUCAGUUUUGGCUUCGAGCCCCACUCCAUCGUCCAAAAGCAAAGAAAAGAAACACAAAUCAAGCGCCAUUGAGUCGCCCGCGUCUAAAGCAGGAGUCAUUUCAGCCACCACAUCAACACUAUCUCCAUCGGGUUCCUCAGCUCCACCUCCUUCAGCAUUGCCAUCAACGUCAUCGACAACCACUCCCACAACAAUGGCGAUAGAGGGCGCUGUGGCAGAAUAUGCCUUACCAUCAUCGUCCACCGGGCAAACUGCUUUGCGAACUGCCACGUUGAAGGCUUCUGAUUUAAAGGACGGCCUUCGAUUCUUGUGGCUCGACAACGGGCGCUUUCAUCCCGCCAGAUUGAAUUCUACGCCUUUGGAUGAUAUCUACUCGGUCACCAUGGAAAAACAACGCAGUAAUCGACCGGAUAUCAUGCCAAGAGAUGAUGUCCUCAAUCUCGGGAUCUUUGAGCUGCGGCCGUUAUCCAAAAAGCAACUUCCCAUUGGAACCAGAGUGUGCGUUUAUUGGAGUCAGGCCUACAACUACUUAUUUCCUGGUACCGUAGAUUUGACAGAAGUGCCCUUUAAAGAGACCAUGGUUGAAGUCUUUCUGGAUGAUGGCGACCGCCGUCAAGUUGAUAUUGUCAACGUCCGGAUGCUACCUCCAAAUUAUUCCCAUGUUGUUCCUGCACCAGAUCCGCUCGACACCCGAAAGCGGAGACAAUCCAAUGACAGUGCAGACGCAAAUCAUGAUCUCCAUCACCCUCGCAUUCAACCCCUUUACCAACGCAAGGGAUCGUUGUCUCCAUCCCCCGCCAAAAAAUGCAAGCAAAUCGCACCCAUCACCACACCACAUGGGAAGUUGAAUAAAAAGCGACACAAGCACAAGCAUUGCUCGAAAAAGCGACACAAGCACUAUCACAAGAAAUCCUACCCGCCUCCACCCACGGAGACCAUCUACGAAGAGAAAGAGGAUGAACGUCAUCGCGGCGAUCUGUCCGAUGAGGACGACGACUGCGAAGAGAGCCCUGACGAGGAAUCUGGCAAUCUUCGGAUCAAGUUGGAUGGGAGUUUCAACAACACCACGACAUACUCCAUUCGAUCCCCCAUGUACCAAACUCGGACCACCUCUGAAGAAAGCAACCAUGGGGAUGAUGAAAUUGGAGAAGAUUCGUCUGACGAAUCUGGUAGCGAAAGCGAAUCCGGUGGUGAGACCGAUAAGGCCGCUUCAAGGGUGAGCGGCAUCAAUCCAGUCACCGGUAGGCCCUUCUGGCGUUGGGUCGAGGGCGAUGAGGGAUAUCGACGACCCGGUAAAAAAGGUGGCAAGGCCAAAAAACUCUUUCAUCGAGCGAUCCAGCGAGAUUCCGAGAUCCUCAAUGUGGGCGAUUGCGCGGUGUUUCUAAGUACGGCACGAGUGGAUCGGCCUUAUAUCGGUCGUGUGGAGCUCCUUUGGGAGACAUGGAACGGGAACAUGAUGGUGAAGGUGAAGUGGUUCUAUCAUCCCGAGGAGAUUGAGACCAGUGGCAAGAACUUUGAUCUCAAAGUGCCCGGCGGUCUGUUCCAAUCUCCUCACACAGAUGAAAACGAUGUCCAAACCAUUUCCCACAAAUGUCAAGUGUUACCAUUGAGGGAAUACUCUCGAGUGCUCAUUUCUGACCCUGUGAAGCGGAGAAAGUUGUUCUCGAACAGCGACACUUAUUACUUGGCUGGCUCAUACGACCCGACCAACAUGUCGGUCAAUUUUCAGUCCGGCGUGCUAAAGAAUUCAAGUUGAUCUCAAUUUGCACUGGAAUCUCCUUUCAAAAGGGCACAUCAGCCCUCUAACGAUCUUACAAUCCGACACAUCAUCAUUACUUUAAGUACCCUUUUUCCAAUCACCUUAUUCUUAAGAGCAGUUCUUAAGAGCAUCAUUGUGAUAAUCGAGUGCUGUGAUAAUUCUUAACAAUCGUCCUUUGUACUUCAUCUAUAUGAUCCGUGAAUUGCUAAUGUUAUUCCACAUGAGGCAAUAUAUUUUUGUGGAAAUUAA